GAGUGAGUGAGAGUGUGUGAUCACUUCCUGGUCAUGUGACAGGGGGAAUCACUGCGCUGGAUCCCGGCUGAGCUGCACCUUACUGCAGGAGAUCACCACCUAUUUCACCUGCUUGUUCACCUCUAAUCGUGUUGUCUACUGAACAUUCAAGGCAUAAGGACAGCAAACGAGUUUUUCCCUCUGCUCCUGAGUUUCUGGAUCGUUUGGCGCACACGUGGGCCAGAAGGGAGCUCGUUUUCCGUCCGUUCUUUUCUUCGACGCAACAAGCGGAAAGCAGUUUCAAAGAGAGGACAGUGGAUUCAAUGAGUGAGCCAGAGAGGGAGGAGCAGACCGACGCCAACAUGCCUCCCAAAUUCAAGCGGCACCUGAACGACGACGAGGUCACCGGCUCUGUGCGCAGUGAGAGGAGGAACCUGCUGGAGGAAGACUCUGAUGAAGAGGAAGAUUUCUUUUUGAGAGGACCAACUGGACCCAGAUUUGGUCCCCAGAAUGACAAAAUCAGACACGUGCAGUCUCAAGUGGACGAGGUGAUCGACGUGAUGCAGGAGAACAUCUCGAAGGUGAUUGAACGCGGAGAGCGCCUUGAAGACCUGCAGGAUAAAUCUGAGAGCCUGUCUGACAACGCGUCUGCGUUCAGCAGCCGGGCCAAACAGCUACACAGGAGGAUGUGGUGGAAAGACAUAAAGAUGAAGAUGAUCGUGGCGUUGGUGAUAGUCAUAUUGCUGCUUAUUAUAAUUAUCCCUGUGAUAAUGCGGUAUCACUAGUUUCCUGCACGGAGGUUGGAGGCUUCAUCCGCUCUUCCUCCAUCCUCCCGCUCCUUCGCCAUUCCCUCACACGAGAACGUGGUGCUGCGAGAUGUGCUGAAACGGCUUCGCCGACGCUUCGGCAGAAUCGACUACGACACCACAUAUUUGUGGGUUAUGUUCUUCGACUGACUCGGCACGCCGUCGAUAGCGGCCCACCCUUCUCCCACACCCUACUCAUGCAGUAAAUGUACAUACAUCGUUGUGUUUCUAAACCAAGUCGCAGUCUUACGGUUUAUAUAUCCGGUUUUAUUAUUCUACGAUUGUCUGACGAAACAAAGACCUCAACCAUUCCUCCCAGGCUUAGCAGCACGCACGCGCACACACACACACACACACACACACACACACACACACACACACACACACACACACACACGAACGUGAAU